AUGGCGUUCGUUCGGCGAAAAGCCCCCUUUGACGAUGAAAUUCCUGGCCUGGAACGUAGUAAAAAGACAAAAUUAGGGAAUAGUAGCCAAGAUAAAGAGUCGACAUCGCAAGACUUGUCGUCAUCGCCGUCUUUGUCAAUAUCUAAAGUCAGAACCGAAUGUGAGAAAAUAUUGCAGGAAAUUGGGAAAAAACAGGCUGACGACGGACACUUUCUAGCCAGCAUAUUUGAAGAACUUCCCUUGGCAGAAGAGUAUCCUACCUAUUACUCUGUAAUUAAAGAGCCAAUCGCAUUGGAAAAUAUAAGAGAAAAUAUAAAAAAUAACGAGUAUAAAACAAUCGAACAAUUCAAAGAAGACUGCGAUACGAUGUUUGCCAAUGCUAAAAGGUUUAAUGAACCAGGGUCAAUGGUUUACAAUGAUGCUGUUUAUCUACAGAAAUUUGUCACACAAAAAGUGACCGAAUUGCAUCCAGAAAAACAAAAGACGAGACGGACAUCUACAUCUAAAUUAAAACCUGAAUUAAAUGACAAAACUAGUACUUCCACAGAGGUGACGCCCAAUUCGAGAAGGGGAUCAUCAAGUACUAGAAGAAUAUCUUUUUCGAGGUCUGAUAACUUGAACAAACUAGAAGAAUCAUCUACAUCAGCAUCUGCUACAUCAACAGAAGCAAAUGCAUCAAUUUCGAACACGCCAAAAAAUUCACGAAUAAAACGCGGAGGAUUGAUAUCAAAUCAAGAACCACAGGAGCCUAAAUCGAAGCAUUCACCCAGAAUAAAACGAUCAGCUUCUCUUACUAAAGAACCAAGAAUAAACUCGUCACAAAAGUCAACCGCCAAGCGAACUAUAACUCCCACACAAUCACCUAAACCAAAAAGAUCAUCUAUUACGAGAAAAAAUUCUUCAGAAGAAACUUUAAUAAAACAAGAAAAUGAUGCCGAUGAACAUAUGAUCAAUUCACCAAAGUCUACUCCGACAAGACAUUCGUCUAGGUCAAAGCGAAAUUCUACUGUUCAACCAUCUGCUGUUGCUGCUUCAGAAGAAGAAUUUGAAGAAACUUCGAGCUCUUCAUCAAAGCCGAGACGGAAUAAUCGUAAUAGAAAUUCGGAUUUCCACAAUUAUACCGAAGAAGAUGCUAGUGAGCUUUUCAGAGUAAUUUCGAAUAACGAUUUCGAAGGCAUCCAACAAUUCUUUUCAAUACAUCCAAACUUUGAUGUAAACAAAUUAUGGCAUUCAGGCAAACAAGACUUCACCGACGAUGACUUCACAUGGUCUCCUUUACAUUGCGCAGCUUAUCACGGAAACAAAAAUAUUAUAAGAUUCCUGAUUAAACAUGGUGCUGAUGUGGAACUUCAAGACACGUGGUAUUCUGCAACACCUUUGGCGUGGGCAGCAUUCGGAGGAGAUUUCGAGGCUACUCGCUUUUUAGUCGAAGAAUUCGGUGCAGAUAUAAAAGCACAGAAUGUUCACGGUCAAAUCCCUUACGAAAUUGUACCAAGUCCAGAUCCACAUUGGCAAAGCAUUUUGCUAGAAGCUUCUGAGGUAGAACCUCCGGAUAAAAAUUCUGUGACACCAGAUGACAAUGAUAAACAAAGAACAGAAAGUAGACCAUCUACUCCAAUCAGACAAAUUGCUCGAAGUGGGCCAUCGACACCAGAACCAAGGUCCGCGAGGUCGUCUUCAUUACAAAGAAUGCCAUCUUACUCGAUAAAGUAUCCGGCACAUAAAAGCGUGUCUAAUACCAAACAAAAAGGUUCUCAGGUCAGUCAACUUAUGAAAGAUUUAUGGCAAUUAAUUGUUGAUCACCGAGAUAGCAGUGGUCGACAAUAUUCUGAACUUUUCAUGGAUUUGCCCUCCAAGACAGAAUAUCCACAGUAUUAUAAAGCAAUCGAAAACCCGAUUUCUUUAAACUUAAUUGAGCGCAAGAUAAGAAAGGGAUACACUUCAAUUCAAGAUUUUGAUCGGGAUUUUCAAUUGAUCUUCGAGAAUGCUAUGUAUUUUAAUGAAGAUGGUUCACGCAUUUUUAAAGACGCCAAAUUGCUGCAAAAACUAUACAAUAACAAUAAAAAAGAAUUGUUCAAAGCAUGUGCUGUAGAGACACCUACUACUCCCGGAACAUCAAUAUAUUAUAAGAGUUCUGUGACACCAACUUCCCGAAUUUCAACACCCGAG